AUGACACCAAAAUCAACAGUCGAGCGUCAUAUUUCGUCCGGGUCGCCAAAUCUUUCCCCAUCCGGACCACGGAAUCUUUUUUCUUUCCGUCCCUGGAUGGCUGAAACUGUCACAUUGAAAGAUGCUUUGGGGAAUGUAGAACUGUUGGAAGAUCUGAUUCUCCCCGAUGACCAACCUUCGAUUGAGGCUCGCCCUCUCCCAUUACUAUGCAGGACUAAUUUUGACACCAAUUUUGAGGAUAGGAAUGCGUUUGUGACCGGGGUUUCCAAGUAUAUUGAAGAAGCUACACGUCAUGCUCUUUUCGUGGGUUUUUACUGAGU